GAGAUACAGAUUGUUGAGGACAAAAUUCUUCCCUUGACCAGAGUUGACAGCCAAAAAAGCAGUUUUCAGUCUUGUGUUUUGAAAGAAUAAAUUUGCUGCGAUAGCUUUAAAUAAGCAUCUUUCUCGUGACAUUAAUUGCUAUUAUUAAAAAUUCCCUGAUACCUAACAUAAAGCACCUUAAAUUCAGAGAGAUUCGUAUUGAACUAGAAGAAUGGAAACAGAACUUGGCAGAAUUUCCACCAAGGGUUGCCUGAGAAGGAAUUACUGUAGCGUGUAGACAUGGGACUAGAAGGCUGCACCCAGAGCUAACCACAUUGCAGUGUGUAAGUGCAUGCUCCUUAUCUGGUUUCCAACAAUAAAGUCACUAUGGCUUUACAGUUUACUGCUUCCAUAGCUGUCUGUGUGUAAUGAAGGAGAGAAAUUCCCCCAGGACUAGCAUUUGGCUGCCAUUUAAAAAAAAUGGUUGAGUCCGUAGUUCAGUAAACAUAUGUGCUUAGAGCUUUGUGUCUGCAUGUUGAUAAUACUUGGUGGGUAGCAGGCAAAGAGUGGGACAGUACCUCUCUGUGCAGUGGGGUUGGAGUCAAUUUUAUGGGCUCUCUACCAUUUAAUCAGAUUUCAGGUGGGCAACAGCAAAAACUUAGAUUUAAUUUUUAUAGAUGGUGGCAUCUCUUUGAUACACCCCCUUGGUUGCCAUUUCAAAUCUAAGUGUUGUGUAGGGGUGGGGCAGAAGUAAUAUGAGACUCUCUGACUUCUUCACUUUCAUCUGGGAAUCCAGAAAAAAUGACUAAGGAUCUCCCACAGCCCCAGGGUCCGAGCCCAAACCUCUCUUCGCCAUCUUUGCAGUUUAGUUUUCUCUUGAGAUUCCUGAAAGCAAGGGCUGGUUUUAUUUUAUCUUAAUCUUUAUUCUUGGGCCAAGCACAUGAGUACUUGGUGAAUGAAUAAACCAGCCACAUUUACUGCUUAUACUAUUGCUUGCAGUGGCGGGAUUCCUUAGGCAGAGGUGUUUUUUCUUUGGAAGGAUGGCUAUAUUAAGAAUGCAGAGGUAAGGAAGGCAGUUUCCAGAGCUUUGAUGGAACAUCCGCAGUAGUUAGCAAAGUGAACACCCUCUGAGCACAACCAAUAGCCCAAGAAGAGACAAAGGGGAGAAUGAAGUGAAGGCAGAUUAGGAGGAGCGCAUUCCCUGGCCUAGGACUGGACAGUUUAAAGUCCAUGCUUCACCCUUUUCUGUCUCGUAUAGUCAUUUAUAAAAUAAAAACUAAUUAGUAUCUCAUAGGGCUGCUGUGUAUAUUUGUUAAUAUAUUUAAAUUGUUUAUAAAUGCCCAUUACACAGCGCUCAAUAAAUACUAGCUAUUGCCUUAAUCUCUGGUAUACAUAGUGAUCAUUUAUUUCACUGGGAGUGGGAGCGCCUAGGACAGUUGGAGACAGUAGGCCAGUAAACGUGUACUUGGGAGUAUUUCCACUAUUAACUUUGCGUUCUCAUUCUGGCAACGCCGAGGGAUCAGGUAGGGUUGAGAGUCUCUGAACGUACCUGGGCUGUGAUAGCGUAGACACUCCUCCUUUUCUGGGCUGAACCCUUCCCAUCAGCCACCGGGAGCGCUGGAGUCACCUUAAGUGUGUGGCCUAGGGCCUGGAGCAAGCUCUGGCUAAAACCUCGGUUUUCCUUCCCCUAUGGGAAGCAAGACCUUAAGGUCCCGGGACCUUCCCGCGCCGCCCGGCGCCGCGGGAGGCGUGGCUUCCCACUUAACUCCAGGCUGGGGGCGGGGUUGGCCAGGACGCGGACGUCGCCGGCUGGAUGUGGCGGGUCGCGGGAGAGCGGAGGGUGGAGCCCCAGCCCCCGGCCCAGCGGAAUGGAGGCGGGUUCGGGCGCGGCUCGGAGCGAGGUAGAUCGGCUGCUGUAGCUACCGCGGCGGUGAUCGAAGAGCGGCCGAGCCCCUGAGACCCGUGGCGGAGGCUCCGCGAUCCAAAUGUCCGGCUCGCGGAGCGAGGUGGGCGCACGGCUCGGGGCCACCGCCACGGCUGGCAUGGAGCGGUGGCGGGACCGGCUGGCAUUGGUGACGGGAGCUUCAGGGGGCAUCGGCGCGGCUGUGGCCCGGGCCCUGGUCCAGCAGGGACUGAAGGUAGUGGGCUGUGCCCGCACCGUGGGCAACAUCGAGGAGGUGGCUGCUGAAUGUAAGAGUGCAGGCUAUCCUGGGACUUUGAUCCCCCACAGAUGUGACCUAUCCAGUGAGGAGGACAUCCUCUCCAUGUUCUCGGCCGUCCGCUCUCAGCACAGUGGUGUGGACAUCUGCAUCAACAAUGCUGGCUCGGCCCGGCCUGACACCCUGCUCUCAGGCAGUACCAGUGGCUGGAAGGACAUGUUCAAUGUGAACGUGCUGGGCCUCAGCAUCUGCGCCCAGGAGGCUUACCAGUCCAUGAAGGAGCGCAAGGUGGAUGACGAGCAUAUCAUUAACAUCAACAGCAUGUAUGGUCACCAAGUGUCACCCCACUCCGUGAUCCAUUUCUAUAGUGCUACUAAGUAUGCCAUCACCGCGCUGACAGAGGGACUGAGGCAAGAGCUUCGGGAGGCCCAGACCCACAUCCGAGCCACGGCCUGGCUUCUGACUGGAUGGAGGUGGGGCUCGGCUUGGCCUCUGAGCAGGUCCUCUCUGUUGGUGCAGUGCAUCUCUCCAGAAGUGGUGGAGACACAGUUCGCCUUCAAACUCCACGACAAGGUCCUUGAGAAGGCAGCUGCCACCUACGAACGCAUAAAGUGUCUCAAGCCCGAGGAUGUGGCCGAGGCUGUCCUCUAUGUCCUUAGCACCCCUCCACACGUCCAGGUGAGUCUGGUCUUGACUGCCCCCACCCUGGAAGAGCCCCGCCAUCUCAGAGGAGGACAGCAGGGAGGCCUGAGGGGGUGGGGAGAACGUGCCGGCUGCCUUAAGCCUUGUGCCUUCCAACAGAUUGGAGACAUCCAGAUGAGGCCCACGGAGCAGGUGAUCUAGUUUCCUGUGGGGGCGCUCUGCCUUCCCUCCCUGCCCCUUACAGCUUGGCUCCUGCCUCUGUAAGGUGUUGAUUUCUGGACUCCUGGAUUCCGUUUCCUCUCCCCACCCGACCAGGGCCUAGAAAACUCGAAGUUUUUAUAUCUUAUCAAAUUGUUCCCAUCACAAAUAUGAACAGUGAGCUGGGGAGAGGAGGUGGUGUCCCUGAUUAUUUUACCUGUUAACUCAUUCUCGGUCCCCUUCUUAGGCUCCUUGGCCUUUGUUUGCUCUCUUCCGUCUCUUCCUUUUGAUCUGGGGAAGGGACUGUGGCCAAAAGCGGGGCUUCCCCCUGACGCUCAGCAGGAAGGUGGCAGAGAGAAGCCCUCACCUUCUAUGGGAGUGGCUAUCCAAAGCUCCAGCCUUCCUCCUCUCCCGGCCCUACUGCUCCCAUCGCCUCCUUCACUUCCCCCAUCCCAGUUCUCCGGCCCAGUCUUGGCUUCUUGGCUCCCACCGGGGUGAUCACUCCACACUGUCUAUGGCAGCUGAAUACCGGGGCCUGCCUCCCAAGUGGAUUUCACUGUGAGAAUUAAAAAAGAAAAAUCGCAACAACCUACCUUGGCUUCUGGAGUGUCU